UUCAAACUUUCUCUGCCCCGCCUAACUGAAGGGCAAUGAUCGCCUUCUCCCGCUAGGCGUCCCAGACUCGUCGCAGAGAAAGAUCAGAGUUUAUUCAAACAGUUAAAAAUAUUCCAUUAGCCGCAGGGGCCGAGAACUGGGAGGGGUCUGCGGAGUAGUAGCGGCUUGCUUUGCAUUCUCGCUCGCCGCGCUGUCUGGAAACGGAUUCUCGCCGAGAACAGAGAAGACCACCGUCAUCGCGAGGAAAAAGGUCUGCGCCGGCUCUGGGGCCCGGGGGUUUGUUGGAUCGUGCGCGCACGAGGUUGCUUGCGUGUAAGGGAAGGAAAGCAAGCAAGUGGCCAGAAAGAGGGGAGGGGAGGCGGGCGGCGGCGGAAAUCCAUCCACCUGGAGCUGCAACAAAGGCAACCCUCGCGCUGUGGCCUUGAAGCCGGGAGCAAGGAAAGCGGGCUUGCUUUUGCAAGGUUGUUUGGGCAGGUUUGAAUCUUUCUGGAGUUGAGCGAGGAGGAGGGGAGCAAAUGUGGGCGCGCGAGGCCCGCAAAGUUAGUGAAAGCGGCUUUGGUGAGAGUGCGAGGGAUGGGAGACUUCUCUUCCUCUUUGCGCAGGUCUUGGGAAGCCAAGAUGCCUUUUGCUUCGAGGAGGAGGAGGGUGGGCGGUGCAGGAGCGCCGAAAGGGGCCCCUCGGUUGGGGUCAGGCUUGCAAAGGGCGGCGCGGGGAGAAGAAGGUACGAGGCCCACGAAGGUGAAUGUUGUUUUGAUCUCCGAGGGAGUGAGCUCGAGCUUGGUGUGUGAGGGGGAGAUAGCAGAGGGUAGAGUUCCUCUUGCUUUGAAACGCAUGGGUGGCUCAAAUUCCUCUCUCAAGACCGCAUUUUUUCCCGUUUAUUUCAUAACAUUUUUCUUAACCACCCCUUCAUCAUGAGAAUCCAAGGGUGUGGAGUGCAGAAAGUGUGACAACUAUUUAUAAAUGCAGUGUAACAAAAACAGAACAAGCCACAAGAUUAAAAGGGCAAGCUGGAAAUGCCAACUAAGGAACCCAAACAGUUCUGACUAAAAAUUCAGACUAGUAUCUUGAUGUUUCUUUAGCAUGAAACCUAAAGGAUACAGUUGGCUUAUAUACACUUAAAUGUUUUCUUUCUGUUUAAAAUAAAACUUUCUGCCUACAUCCUGGCCAUCACAAUAAUUAAGGAAAAGCAUAUGAAAAGAAUGAACUUCUGUACAGCAGGAUUCUGCAACACAGUCAGUUUCAAUCUGUCUAAUCUGGACCCUUCCUCCUUCUGGAUAGCUGUGAUAAUAGUGAAGAAAAUGUGGAAAACCGUCUAAAAGUAUAUGGCUUCAGAGGGAAGUUUUUGCUAUCUGGACUUUAGGCUUAACUGUGUAGGCACACCUUCAAAGAGUUCAUUUCCUGUGCUGUGGGGUUUUUGGUUCAUCCAGUGCCUGGAUUAAGGGCUCAGCCAUUGGGAAUCCAAGCCUUACUUAGGUCAACAAGGUUGGGGCAAACAGUCAGCUGGAAAUGAUUUUGCUUGGGUGGAAUAACAUUGAGUACAUGUGAGAGAUUUCAGAGACUUCACCCAUCAUUGCCCACCAUAUAUAUAUGCACAUUUGGCAAAAACCAGUUGGAGUAGAGUACAUAGCAGGGCAGAAAAGAAAUGAAUAUGUAUUCCAGAGAGAUGGCUCUCUAUGCUACUUUUAAAUCUGUUUAAUGCAUCAUUUCAUUUGCUGUCUAACUUUUUUUUAAAAAAAAAAUUAAAAUGUACAUGAAAUGUCAGAUUAAAAAAAAUCAAAUACAUUUUACUAUUCAGGGUUAUUUACUGGAUUACAGUAGGGAUUGCAUAAGGCCCUUUAUCUUGAAGCGUUUCUCAGGGGCAAAAGUUUUGUUUCAGAACCCAUCACCAGCAAUAUAAGUUCAGUAUUGAACAUGCAAGAAAACUUUGCAGGGGCUCCAUGCGAUCUGCCUGUUUUAACUCUGCACCUGUCUGACUACUCUUGACUUCUGAAGGCAGUUAUGCACAUGAUGAGGAAGCAUGAGUGAGCCAUUUUACCACCAUAACAUGGGAAGAAGGUACUUGGACAUCUUUCUCUGUGGUGAGACAAAUGCAGAAAUAGUUCAUAUGCAUCUUUUCUGAGGCGUGAUGCAGGUUACCCCUACACAUGUAGCAGCGGAAGCAGGCAAUGAUAAAGCACUUGUUCACUUCCUCCCAUGAUAUUUCUGGGAACUAUAUUUCACUACAUUUUCUAAAGAACUGUAAAUGUGAAUGGUAUAGAGCAAAGUUGAGGAACCUGCAGUCCUUCAGAUGUUGGGCUCCCAACUUCCAUCAGCCCCAACUGAUGCCUGAGAAUGAUGGACAUUGUAAUCCAACAGUAUCUGGAGAGUGACCUCCCCUGAUACAGGCCUUUGAGAGUCCCCUUUGGGCUCCAGAAGCAGCUAAUGCUGUUUCCUUUCAUUCUUGUGGAAACACCCUCCCUCCUCAAUAAUGGGAAGACAUUAUAGUAAAAGGAGCUUUUUCUUGCAGUGCUGCAUUACACCACAGUGCCAGGCUGGCUAGGGCAUCCAGGAAGCUGCACCUCUUAAUUAUCUAAUGGAUUGUACAAUCUUGCACGGUCUGGGGUGGGGCAGGGCAUAUGCUUCUUGCGGGUGUAUCAUUUGUUUCGAUUCUCAGUUGACUGAGGAGGGUAUGUGUUUAUCUGCGUGUUUCUAUGUGUGUGCAGGCCAUGAUGGAGGAAAGGAGAGGGUUGUGGCCUAGCAGGGAAAGGGGCAAAUGGUGUGGCUCAGGCAACUGUGAGGGAAAAAUGAAAAAAGAAGAGAGGACUGCAAAGGGCAGUUGGACCUGUAGGCAGUUCUGGGCAACUGUAUCUAGGAUCUUAGAACAAACAAAGGCAAAAAGCUGCAGGCUGCAGUGGAAUUUCCUGGCAUUGACUGUCAAGGGCUGGAACCGAGCCUUAAAGGAGCAAAGUCCAUUUUUUAAACAAUGCAGGCCAUAAGAAAGUCAAGUUUACCUGAGUUUGGAGUGAAAUACUGUAAUGAAUCAGAUUCUGGGUCUUGCAUUGCAGCAAGGGUUCUAAGGUGAGAGAUGUCUGGAGAGCAUGUUAAUUUCCGGACCAAAACAUACAUCUCUUUGUGAAAGAGGUUGUGAAAGAAUAACACUGUUUUAUUUAUUUUUAAAGGUUAGACACCAUCUUGCUUUGGGUGGCACAGGCUUCCUCUAUGAGUUUAGGAGAGCUAGUCGUGUAGCCUUGGUGCCAUGCAGAGUUAGCUGUGGCCUGAACCUAUCACGUUUACUGGGUUGAAGCAAGCCUAACUGAUUAGUUAUUAAGCUACAAUCUUUUUCUACAAAGUACGCCCCAACUUAUUUCAGAGGAACCUGCUCUUGUGUAAAUAUGCAUAGGAUUGCAACUGGUCUAGACCUAACUUGGACCAUUCCCCAGGUUGAAAUGUGGAUACAUGGAGAGCACAUUUUCCUAGACUGGGAAUGUGUGCACCUUGCUGACCUGGAGGUUUUGUCCCAAGUGUUAGUGGGUGGGCCAACUAAAGGAGUUCAUCUCUCAUUCUCAGGUCCUCAUCUUUUUAGGUUCACUUCUGUAGUCUUCCCAUUUUAUGCCAUUCUCAGUUCCUUACCUCUGUGGAUUCAGCCUCUUGUGGCAAUGGAAGAAAGUGUGGAGAUUCCAAAUGCAGUGGCACCUUGGGUUAAGUACUUAAUUCGUUCCGGAGGUCCGUUCUUAACCUGAAACUGUUCUUAACCUGAAGCACCACUUUAGCUAAUGGGGCCUCCUGCCGCCGCUGUGCCGCUGCACGAUUUCUGUUCUCAUCCUGAAGCAAAGUUCUUAACCCGAGGUAAUAUUUCUGGGUUAGCGGAGUCUGUAACCUGAAGCGUAUGUAACCCGAGGUACCACUGUACUAAAAGGCAUAUAUCUCAAAUGUGCAAAUUAGCUUACACAUACUUUUACUAUUUGCUUGUACCCUCCCCUUUAUGCCUUUGUUAGUGGCAAUUGAUAGGCUGAAAGAAUAUAAAGGGCAUACUCUCUUCCCAUUUAUAUAUUAAAAAUGUCUGGUUGGCUGCAGGUGAUUCUGAGUCACUAUAGUUGAAUGGUGAUUUACAGGCUUGACACACAUUGUGACCAGGCUUCUUUAAGCAUUUACUUUAGACUGGCUUAGGUGGGAGGGUCUGACUGAAGGCAGGGGUAGCAGGCAGAAAGCAAGUAUUUACCAUGGUGGGGCCCUGAACUUCGCUUGGAUUUCAGGAUAUGCCACCAGUCAUCAAAAUUCAAAACCUGCCGUGAUGUUGUCAGUCUUUCAUUUGCUCGCAUUAAACUUAGUUAAAAAUUAAUGGAGUCGUGGGAAAUCAAUGUAAGUAGGCAUGGACUAUGUCAGUGGGUUUUAAAAGCAAACUUGGAAUAAAUUCAAUAGGUUUUCACAAGAAAAAGACUGCCUGCCAUGUUAAAAUUCUAGCUGCCUUCACUUUGAAUAUGUAAUUGCUUUUGGCAAAGAAAACAUGUGUUUAAAAGAAACAUAGCUGAUUUUCCACCCCCUGCUCUGAAGGUUGUGUAACAGAACGGGAUUCUUGAUGGAGUAAACACACACCUCGUGCCAGCAUUUCUAGCAUGCCAUUUGCCAAGUUGCAUCCUUGGGGUGCUCAUAGUGUUAGCAAUGGGGAAUCACAGGAGCAGGCCCUCACACUUGUCUCUGCAGCAGUGCAAGGCUCAUUUUUUAUUUAUCCAUUUAGACGUGAAAAUGUCCAAGAACCCAAACUGAUUUUUCUUUAAAUGACACACGUACGUGUGUGUGUGUGUGUGUGUGUGUGUAAGGGAAGUUGGAUUCCCUCUGGAAUUUGCUAUCCCAUGCAAUCUGUUCCACAACACUUUGCAGCUUAAACCAGCCUUGUUCCAUGAAAUGUGCUUCCCCCCUCCGCCCAUCCUCUCAAAAACCACGUCCUCUGACCCAGGAACAUUAUUUCCUUUUGUUCCUAAAGGAAACAUGCUGCCCUAGGACUGCUGAGUACAGCUCCCACAGAGAGUGCUGGAAGUUGCCCUAAAAUAGCAUAUGGGCCUCCUGCAAUGAAAACAAAGCCAGUAUUAAUUCCAGUUUGAGAGGAGCCACUCCUGCAGGGCAGGCUGGACUUUGCUACUAGCCACACAGAUGGCUAAAGAGAAGCCAGUGUAGCAGAGACAGUUCAACAUUGCAUGCUGGAAAAAAGGCCCACAGUUCCCAGUGGUAAUAUGAACCUUAAAUCUAUGGCCUACUGCUAGACCCCAAGCCCAUCCCCUCAGUCAACAUGUGGCAAACCGUCUCUUGGCUACUUGUUUCUGCUUCAUUUGCACCAACACCUACCCCUUACCUUCCCUCCCACCUGCCAGGGCUAGAAAAACAUCUUUUAAAAUAUGACCUUGAACUCUGAUAGAGUGGUACCUUGUUACUCGAACGGCUUGGCUCCCAAACAAAUCGGCUCCCGAACACCGCAAACCCAGAAGUAAGUGUUCUGGUUUGCGAAUGUUUUUCGGAAGCCGAACAUCUGACGCGGCUUCUGCUUGAGUGCAGAAAGCUGCUGCAGCCGAUCGGAAGCCGCGCCUUGGUUUGCGAACGGUUUCAGGAGUUAAAUGGACUCCUGCAAUGGAUUAAGUUCAAGAACCGAGGUACCACUGUAAUGUAUUUUCUUGCUGGAUGGAGGACAGAGGGGGUUGUGUGUGUUGAAAUUGGCCUACUGUGCAAAGAUAAAAUUUACACUAAGUGCUCUGCCUGCUUUUGCCUCCGGUCUCACUGCCUGCCACUGGUAUUGUUUUUGUUAUUACAGUGGUGCCCCGCAAGACGAAUGCCUCGCAAGACGAAAAACUCGCUAGACGAAAGAGUUUUCCGUUUUUUGAGUCGUUCCGCAAGACAAAUUUCCCUAUGGGCUUGCUUCGCAAAACGUCUUGCGAGUUCUUGCGAGUUUGUUUCCUUUUUCUUAAAGCCGCUAAGCUGUUAAUAGCCGCUAAGCCGUUAAUAGCCGCUAAGCCGCUAAUAGCCGUGCUUCUCAAGACGAAAAAAACGCAAGACUAAGAGACUCGCGGAAUGGAUUAAUUUCGUCUUGCGAGGCACCACUGUACUUGGAAGAUUGUCCAGAAUGGAAUGCAGGCCUUGGACUGAGAAAAGUUCCCCACCCCUGUGUUACCUUGGCUUAGCUCAGCGUGGUGUGGGAGUAAACAGGACUUGGGUGGAGCAAAGCACUGUCAGGUUCAAAUACAUUGCAAGGAAAAUCUAUAUUUUUACAAGUUCUGUUCAUUCUGGAAUAAACUGGGUAGGGAAGUUAGAAAUCAUUCCCCGCAUACUUCCCCACUUGCAGUGGUGGCUGUUAAGAGUCCCUGCAUUUAAACCUACAUGCCAAGCAGGAAACUUUACCCUGGGAUGCAGCAGCAUUGGGUUGCCUCAGUGGUUUUUUUUGUUUUUUUCAAAAAAUGGGAAAGGAAUUGAUUCUUUUUCAACUUAGUAACAGAAACCAGGGUAAAUUAUUCCGCCUGUGACCAAUAACUAUAUUACAUUUUGACACUAUAAAGACAUAUAGGAAAGGGAUUGUUAUUCAUAAUAAGCAGUCAAUUUACCUUUUUCAGCCUGUUUCUUUGAUUCUGAGGGAGAGUCAACAUAAGUGUAUAUGAUUAUACAUCACCUUGCAGAACCCAAGCACAAUUUAUGGAACUGACCAUAUUGAUGGUUAGAGGUGCUGGGUGUCAGAUAUCAAUCUUACGCAUUAUGCCCUCUGGUGAGUUCUGGAAGAAAAUGGAAGAUAGUGUUCAUCAUGUUUGGUUGUAUAUUGAAACAUUUUAUGAUUUUAUAAUUUAAAUGAGUCUGCUUUGGUACAACUUAAGACAUCUAUUGAAAGUAUAUUAUUGGAAGUAAAAAAAGAAUUACCGGUAGGUUGUAUCCAAUAUUUGUCACACACCAUUAUUGCCUUUAAUUUCAGUGGGUUCUUAACUUAAACCCAUUAAUUUCAGUGUGCCUGCUUUGAGUAUGUCUAACAUUUGAUACAGCUGGUUACUGCCAAAUACAACUAGUUGUAUUUGAUUGUACAUUCAUUCUCAGUGGAGAGCAAAGAUCCUUAUUCCUCUUAUGAGACCCAGUAGAUCUCAGAGCAGUCUUAUUUUCGUGUUUGUGAAAUAAAUUCCCCUGUGUUUCGGUUCAAAUACAGUUCACUUGUCCCAUUUCAGAGACAUGGGGGUAGCUGGGAAGUGGAGGAAGAAAAAGAUGGCCAUGUUCUUUCUUAGUCUCAAAGGCAUUUUUUAAGGUGGCAGAGGCUUGAGAGAGGGAUAGUUGUGUCACUUAUCCCCCAUUUGUGUUGCAAAAGACCAUGUCCAGUAGGCACCUAUGACUUGUGCAGUUGCAUUCAGUAUGGUGAUAGACAUGGUCUGUCCACAAAGUGUGGCUUUUUAAACAUAUAAGGUAUUUUGCUUCAAAUUACUGGGAAAAUGAGGGCAGGAUCCUGCACAAGUAAAAAAGAAACAGCUGUAUGCCUCUUUUGUGGACAAAAAGUGAUGAUAUGGACAAGCUCUAGCUGCCUGCAGUAGUUCCUGCUAUGAAACCUCUGUGCAUCCAAUGUAUAGUGUGUGUUCAGUCACUGCACUCCUUUUGUGUUCAAUAGAUAGACGUCAGCUGAAUACAAAGGGAGCAACGCAAGUGCUUCUUUUAUGUGAAACUAUUUAGAAUCCUGCUGCUUAAAACAAGAAAGAAAAGAAAAGAGCCAUUUAGCUACAUUCACUUUGAUAGGCACUGUGUAUAAGCAUUUUAACAGUGCGGUAAACUGUGUACUGAUCCCUUUAUGGGAGUGCUUCCUCUACCUUUGUGGUGGAGCAUAGGUGGCUAAUCAGUCGUCCUCCAGAUAUUGCUGGACUGACAUUCCUAUCAAACCUGACCAGCAUGGCCCAGUGGUCAGAGGUGAUGGGCCUUAUAGUUCAGCAACAUCCUGAGGGCGAUGGGUAAGGCAGCCAUGCUGUAGUGUAGAGCAGUGUUUUUCAACCAGUGUGCCGUGGCACCCUGGGGUGCCUUGAAUGAUGGUUAGGGGUGCCACAGUCAACAGUGGCCUCUAUCCUUCUUUCUUUCCCUCCCUCUUCUGAUGCCCUCUUGAGUUUCUGCCUUCUAAAGGCUUGCACAGCUGUUCAUUGUGGCAGCCCCACUGCUGCCUCAUGUUCACCUUUGGCCAGUCUCUGUUGGGCCACUGAGGCUGGGGGCAUCCUCUUCCCAGGUCCCUGUGGGGCAGCAUGAGGGGGCACAUCUCUUUGGAGCACGGGGGAGCAGUGGCUGCCCAAGGACACCCAAGGAGACAGGAGAGGAGGCUGAGAGAAUAUUCCAUGAGGGAGGGUGUUCAAAAAAGGGUGAAAUGCUUCCAGCUCUGCAGACAAGGGGUGACAUAACUGGGCUCCUGAGCCUCACAGGGGUGUCGCAGAAAGAAAGUAGUUGGUCAAGGGAGCCGUGGACUCAAAAAGUUUGAAAACCUCUGGUGUGUAGAGGAUUUGCCAUGGGAACUGGAACUGGGCUGACAUUUCCACAUUCAGAGAAAUGUGCUUUCCACAGUUUUGUUGCAGAGUUCAGGUGCUGCUGUGCCUUCCCUCCAGCAUUGGCAUCUGGCUUGCCAAUAAACUGCCUUUUUAAACCACCCUUGUCUUUUCGUUGAUGGGCUGCCCAUUGAUUUCCCUCUGAUGUAUACAGAGGGCGCUUCAAAGCAGCUGAGCAACAAUUUUGCUGAGUCCUCUCAAAACUAUGUGGCUCUGGGAAGGUGGAGAGUAUAGGGAGAGGGAAGCACUUGUGUUUUUAGCAACAAGCACUGUUAAUUUUGGUUCCCUGGAGGAUUAAUUUCAGGAUCUGGUUUAGUUGGUGGUUGGGGCUGUUGUAGCAACAGAGCGGGGAGGGGAGCUUGACUGAGAACCAUCCUCUCACUGGCACUGCUGCAUCUUUAUUCAGAAGUAAGUCCCACUCAUUUUAGUAGUGUUUACUCCAAAGUAAGUGUGCAUGGAAUCACAGCCCUGGUGUUGGACAAUGCAAUAUACUGCACCCCCCACUCUGUCUCUGAGCAGUCCCCUUCCCUUCCUCUGGAAAGGAUAGGAAUGAGGCUUCCUAUUUAUUAAUAGUGACAAAUGUGCUUGGAUUUCAAAAUGGAAGGCAGGGAAACCUGUGUAAAUCUGUCCACGGCUUGCUGUAAGGAAGGAACAGAAAUGUGACUGAAAAAGUGGUCCCUGGCUCUGCUGCAAGUUAGUGGCACAUCCUGGAAUUACAUUUGCAUCCAUUUCUGGUCCAUUCAGAUUAUGGUAAGUCAUUGGUUUCACGGCUGUUGAUAAUGUGUAUUCCUGCUCUUGGUGUGUGCUAAAUAUUCCUCUUGUUAAAAAGCAAGGGCUCCCAUCUCUGCCAGCGUGGAUUAGUGGACCCAGGCAGCUCAUUUUCAGCAGGUUCUGCUACAUUUUAUUUAAUAUAUUUAUAUCUUGACUUUCAUGGGCGCCAACUUGGGGCCCAGGCCUUGUGGGGCCUCGGAGAUCAUGCCCGAGUCCUCGUGAGACUUCCCAGCGUGACUUCCGGUUUGUACUGGAAGUUGCAUCAGAGCCCCCAGGCCUCCUGGGCCUCCUAUAGUUGGCACCUAUGUUGCCUUUACAUCAUUUGAUGUCAAGGAGUGUCUCCACCCCCAUUGUUCAACCCAGAUGCUGAGGUCCAGCGCCGAGGGCCUUCUGGCGGUUCCCUCACUGCGAGAAGUGAAGUUACAGGGAACCAGGCAGAGGGCAUUCUCGGUAGUGGCGCCCACCCUGUGGAACACCCUCCCAUCAGAUGUCAAGGAAAUAAACAACUACCUGACAUUUAGAAGACAUCUGAAGGCAGCCCUGUUUAGGGAAGUUUUUAAUGACUGAUGUUGUAAUGUAUUUUUAAUCUUCUGUUGGAAGCCGCCCAGAGUGGCUUGGGAAACAAAGCCAGAUGGGUGGGGUAUAAAUAAUAAAUUAUUAUUAUUAUUAAAUUAUUAAGGUGGCUCAUGUAAAACUAUCAAAUCAUGUUAAAAAGUUGACGUAUUUUAUGUAUUUUAAAAAAUCAAUAGAACCAAACACACCAAGACUACAUCAGAGAAAGGGAACAAUUUAGAGGCAGCAAUCUUUUAGGAAAAUGCCCAAGAGAAUUGUUUUUAAUAUGCUUGCCAUAUACGGUAAAUGAGAGUGGAGACGUACUAACUCUGGUUCUUUGGGAAGAGAAUUCCAAAGGUGGGAUAUGAAAAGUAAGAAAGCCCUAUUCAUGGUCACUAGCCACCUCAACUCUAAAGAGGUGGGAAUAUGAAAGCUGUUCUCAUAAACUCUAGCAAGAAAAUCUCCUUCCCUGUCAAUACAUUCCUAAUCACACAAUCAGAAUCCUGUGUAUUAAGCAAUAAUUACAUGUCUCCCUGUUUUGGUUAUGAGUCACUAUCUUAUUUCUAGAACUCUUGCCUCUUUACUCAUCCACCAUCUAUUUUCUUAUGCCCAAGAUUUCAUCAGUGUGCAUUUCUCUUAGGUGCCCGUUUAUCAGUGAAUCUCCUCCCUUUAUCAUCUGUUUCCUUCCAUUUGUCAGUAUCUUCAAGAAGUAUUUAUAGACUAAUCUUUUGCUCAGGCCUAAGUUGUGUGACUCACUUCCUCAGUUUUCCUCUUAACCAGCCAAAUUCUGUGACAAAAUAAAGGGCACUAAUGAUUAUGCACUUAAAACAGACAGGAGGGAUUUGUGGACAACUUCUGCUCUCAAGCUGCCUAUUUAAGAAGAGACAUCACACAAGGAGAGCAGAAGUUGUCCACAAGUCACUCUUGUCUGUUUAAGUGCAUAAUCAUUAGUGCCCUUUAUUUUGUCACAGAAUUUACUUUGCUUCUAGGGAAAUGUUGAAGCCUUCAUUCCCUGGGGGCAGGGGGGCGGGGCUGGAGUCAGGGUGGGCAGGGCUGAAGCUCAAAGUGGGCAGGGCCAGAGCAAGAGGCCCCCCUCUUCUUUCUCCUCCCUCCUCCUCUUCCUCUCACCUCUCUUUUCCUCACUACAGAAAAUCUCCCCACUCCAUCCCAAGGCAAUUAGGCUUGAGGGAAGGGGAGAAAUUACCAAUUCAUGCAAAUUUAUAUCCUGACUUUCACAGUCAUUUUGCAUCAGAAUGCACAGCAGGUUAUUUCAGCUUGUUUUUAACUCUCUUCCUAAAAUCGGUAGUCUGAUAUUGUCUUUCCUCCCUACCCAGCAGCAGCACACAGUAGUCCUGCAUUAGGGCUUCAGUUGCAAGAAAUUAGCUUCCUUGUGAAAGUGCCUGGAGUGAGGCUGGGUUUAGCAAAGUUAGGCCAGAUCGAAAAGGGUUGUGUUCCUGAGCCUCACUCUUGACACUUCACUGAAAGAUGCUAGUCCUUUUUUAUUGUUCUUCUCAUCUCAAUAACUGUUGAAGUGGCUCCUGUAAAUCAAUGGUGCAAAGUACUUUUAGAAUGAAAGGAGCUUUAUUUAAGAUGAUGAUGUUCUAUGCAGUGGUGUUUCCAUCAAUCACCCCCUCAGAGAGCUGUCUUGGAGACUGACUUCCCAAUAUAAACACAACGGAGCCAGCUGUCUCUCUUGAGGAUUCUAUAGCACUCUCUGUAAGAUGAUAUUAUUGAAUACACAGAGGAUCUUCUUUUUCUCUCUCUCUCUCUCUCUCUCUCCCCCCUCCACACACACACAGGCUUUGUCAUUAGCUAAACAGUUCCCUAAAAUAUGCUUGGUUGAGGCCAGAGAUAAUUCUCCUUAAACUCUGCAGAUUGUGAAAUAAAAUCCUUUCUACUGACCAAAUUCAUUUUCCCUUAGCUGUGGGUUUAAAAUAGAGAUCAGCAACUGGAAGACCCAGGGCCACAUCUGUGCAGCUGAGGUGCACAGUUGAGGCCUCCAGUGAUAACACAGAGACCAGAGCCAUAGUUCAGUGGUAGAGCAUACAGAAGGAGCCCUCCAUUAAAUCCUGGAGAGCUGCUGCCAGUUGCCAGUGCUGAGCCAGAUGAGCCAAUGGCCUGUCUUGGUAUAAGGCCGCUUCCUAUAUUUCUAGAAGACAAUUGGUGGCAACCACAGCACUCCCAAGGAACAGGAUCCAGAUUCUCAGAAAUAGGCCUCAGCCUUGCCCUAGACCAUCUCAUUGACCCAGAAAAGAAAUCACAUUACAAAUAUGCCCACAUGCCCCACAGCUUGCCGCCUGAACUCACUGGGCUACACAUUUAACACAUUUAGCUUGUUAACUCCUACCAUGCCCAUUAUACUCCUUCAGCAAUGUUAUUAAUGCAGCAAACCUUCCAUCAGAGCCAGUCUGUAGGGUGAAGGAAGAGAUUUUUGAGCCUGCACAACUGCUCCAGUAUCCUGUUCUAACAGUAGCCACUCAGUUGCCUCUGGGAAGCUCAAAGCAGAACCUAAGUGCAUGAGCACACUCCCAGUGGUUUCCAGAAAUUGAUAUUCCUUGUGCCAUUGUUUCCAUCAGCACCCUUGCUUCCUUAACAGUCAUUUCUUUAAGAAUUGUUAGCUCCAACCCGCCCCCAUCUAGUAUUGCUUCAGAAGACAAAAGUGUUGUGUAGUUUUGUGCCACAAGUGUCAGGUUUUGUGCUGUCAUCUCUUAGUUGGCAUUUUUGUGGGUAGUGUCACUAAACCUGGGGUUCUGUGGCACAAAACAUCAUUGUAAGUUUUGACGUGAUAACACUAUAUCUGGUUUUUUUGGGUGGGGUGGGGAGAGGUUAACUAUGAACCCCAACUGGAACACGUCAGUACCAACUAAGAUUUAUGGAGGCUUUUUGAUAUUUUGUGAUAUAAAACACCACACAGCUUUGGCAAUACGUAUUUUGGGGUAUUGUUGUUAACACUCCUAUUCCUUUGGGCCACUCAGACCCAGAAAAUAUACUGAAAAUGAAUUAUAACCCUGCCUUCUUUUCAAAUGCUACUCUUGACACCUUUUGGCUUUACACUAAGCUGGUCAAUGCUGAGGACUAGCCCUGACAAAUUGGAUCCUAUUCCUGGCAAUGCUAUGAUGGCCAUCAGUUAUGUUGCAUCAUGGCAAUGGCAGCGCUGUGAUGACUGCCUUUAGUGCUGGUUUAUAGAAUACCUGGGAAAUGAUUCCCUGGCAAUUUCUUUCAACCAAAGCACUGUAAUUUUACUCCAACUACAGACACACUAUACCUUUAAAGCACAUUUGAAGCACAUUUUCUGCCUCAAAGAAUUCUGGGCACUGUAGUUUGUUAAUGGGUUGCUGGGAAUGGUAACUCCAUGAGGUGUAACCUUUACAGCCCAGAAUUCUUUGAGGGGGGAAAAUGCAUUUUAAAGGUAUAGUGUGUACACAUGAAUGCCUCCUAUCGCAACAUAGGGAUAACAAAUGUGAAAAGUUCCUCCUCGCUCAGUGUGUAUUUCUCCCAAGCUGGUAUAAGAUUGGUCGGGCUUGUGUGUGUGUUUGCUUUCCAAACUGUUUAAUAUUCAGUUAAGCUCUCUAGGAACCAUGCAUUUUAGGCUUUGGAAGCCAUAUAAGAAUCAGGUGGCUUGUGUCUGAGGUUUCUUUCUUUCCCACAAGUGUCUUGAUAAUAGAGGAAUUAAUUUAGAUGAGUUCAGGUUUGUGCCUGUCAAUGGCAGCAGUCUUUCCCCAAAUAUUUGGUCUUAAACCUGCAGAGAACAUAUUUGCUCUUCAUAGAGCAAGUCAUGCAGACCUUGUUCAGGCAAACUUCCUAAUGUCAUCAGGUGCAGUUUGGCAGAGUUUUUAAAAACCAACCAAAAAGUCCAACGGCAUCUUAAAGAUGAACAGAUUAAUUGUGGGAUAAAGAUUAUAAUAACCAGGAGUCUUUAGCAACUGUUUGCUUUCUAUGGAUCUCUCAAUAAAUCUCUGUAGAAAACAGGGACAGUAAAGUCUAAGUGAGUGAGAAAUAUGGGCAAAUCUUACUUUUUUUGGAUGGGAGGGAAAUCAUGGUCUUCUGAUUGAGGGCAGAUUUCCAUGACCUUUUCCUCCACCUCCCUGUUGGCUCAUUCAAAUAGUUUACAAAGCCGUCAUGGGUUAAAAGGCAAGCCCUAAUAAUGUUUGCAUGAGUUAGUCUUGUAUUUGAGAGCAAGGAAGAGUGGUUUGUGGCUUUUGUUUGUUGGUAAGUGUGCAGGCUUAUUUUUAAACAUCCCUGCAUAUUAGUCCAUGAGUAGAGCUGCUAUCAGCUUUGUUUUUAACUCUGUGAAGAUACUUAAGGGUUUUAGAACCACAUGUCUAUAGUCUUUGCAAACAGUUAUUUUUGUCUGUUGUUAUCUGAUGUAGACACUUUCUUAGUCAUACAGAAUUUGCAGAGUGCUCAUCAUAAAUAUAUGACCUUAUGCAUGUUUCAAGACUUGACUAACAGUUACCUAACAUUUUUAUUAAGGAUUUUUAAAUGUUACUAUUCAAAAGAAGUCCAGAGACCAGGGGUAAACACAUUUUUUAGAAUUGUUAUUUAUUAUUGUGGCUUGUUACUAUGUUUUUUUGAGAUCAUGGGUGCUGUACAGAGAAUGAUUAAAUUGGUUAGUUUGUUGUUGUUUUAACCAUUUUUGUUGGGGUUUGAAAUUGUUGUUUUAAAGGGUUAAAUUAUGCUUGAGUUGCCUAUGAGGUAAGGUAAGUUAAGAAUAUGAUGAAUAGAUGAAGAAAUAUUUUCUUUAACAUUCUGUUGACUUACUUGUCCUGCUAUCUUUUUUUAAAAACACCCUCCAAUAAAGCUAUAUACUGGAAUGCAUUAGGCAUAUCUUGCAAUAAAUAUUUCUACUUAGGGUUGCCAUAUGCCUGGAAUUUCCUGGACAUACCUGGAAUACUGCAGUUGGAAGCAGUGUCUGGGUGGAAAUUGGCAAAAUGUCUGGAAAAAUCUGGAUGUAUGGCAACCCUAAGUAGAAAUAUUUAUUGCACGAUAUGCCUAAUGCAUUGCGUCUAAUUUUUUUGAAAUAUGGCAACCUUAUUUCUCUUUCAACCAUAGUUUUAAGCCUUUGGUCAGGUUCACACACAACGUGAAACCUUUUUGGGCAGAGAAACACAUUUGAAAUUGAAGAAAUUGCUGUUGGCAUCACAAAAUACCCAUUUCACAGAGGAAAAGAUGGUGAUGCUUUCCCUCAAAAAGAAAACCAGACAAAACAUUGACACCCUUGCCAAAAACAAAUAUAACACAGACUGAAUGUACAGGCAGCCUCUGCCCCCCCCCCCGAAAAAGAGCUUUCACUUUUUGGGUUGGUAAUGCUCAGUUUGUGCUAUUUUUGUUGACUUAUGUUCCCGUUGAAAUGUAAGGAUUGCUUGGCCUUUGUUUCCUAAGGUCCUGUUUAGUGUUUAGAUCUAAACUCAGGAUAGGUUAAAGCAGAAAUAGCUUCAGGACCUACUUUCUUUGUUCCUGUACAGGUUGAGACAAGUGUAUCUGGCAACAUGUGUGUGACUCAAUAGAUGUGUAUAGUCUGUAAUUAUAUGAUUGUGUGAGCAAAUGGCUUUGCAGAGCAUAUGCAUGCUUGACAUUACUUGGGGAGGAGCCCCCAAAGUGGGUGUAAUGUAUGUGACUGGAGAGUUAGAGCAGUUGAGAGAGGGCUGGGCCCUACCCUUGUAACAGGCUUUGUGUAUGUGGCUUGGAAUAAUCACUUCUUCUUCCAGUCACUUCUUCUUCCAAUCCACUUCUUCUUCUAUCUCACUUGCCCAUGCCUAAUGUUCAUUGUGAGUUUAAAAAGAUGCUUAAAAAUACAUGUGUAUGCAAAUUUGCUGUAUAAAUGGGUGGACGAAAGGUAGAUUGGAAUCCAGCGGUAGAUCUUGUGGGAUAACCAGCCUCUUAGAACCAACAUGCUCCAGUCUAAUUAGCACAUGAAGGGGUUAAUACCAUAGAGUGAGCUGUCCUGCCAGGCUUAGCUAGGUCAAUUCUCUCCCCCCCCCCCCCCGCCCCCUUGUUCCCCUUCAGUCUACCUGAGAAGCUCAGCAUGGAGCGUGAUACAGCUGUUUGCUCCAAGCCAUUCUUCUAUUCCUAUCCCAAUAAUUUAUAUUUUCACCACUAUAACCAAGCUAAGUUUUACUGCCUGUGUUUUCUGGCUGAUAUAUGGAAAAGCACAUGAACCUGACCUUUGAAGAGUUUCUAAAUCCUACUUUAACUUACCAAACGUGAUCUUUUUCUAUGCUAGGGGAAGAAGGGAGCUUUGGGAGGAACGUAGAAGGGCAUCUCACUCCCUUUCUGAUUCCUUUUCCUUGCUUAGCUGGUGAAUGAGGACCCCAAAUGACUUACAUGCCUGCUUUCAUUAGCGGGAAAGCUGAUGGUGAGCAUGAGGAACUGCGAUAAUUCCCUUCUCUGUGUAUGCAUUUGUAAGUAACAAGAUGACAUUGCCUGCAGGAUCUUUCUAGUCUUGCUAAUAAAGAACAUCUUGAGAUGUGUAUAAACAGCUUCAGAGAAUUCUGCAUGUUACACUUUGCAUGGUCUUGUGCAGCCAAAUAACUCAUUAUGGUGAAUGAGAACAGAAUGUCUUAGAAUGAAACACAGGCUGUUUAGAAAGAGGGGUGGAACCAAAGAGCACCCCAAAUCUAAACAUUGCCUAAGUUUCGUGGAGUUUCAUUGGCCUCUGCUUGUCUGGGCACACUAGUGAGGUUUUGUAGCGGUAGGUUGAUGUGUGGGCAUCUAUGUCUUGGCAUGCGGUUGGGUUUGCUGGCCUUUGUGAUCUCUCAACUCUGUGAUUCCUUUUUCCUGCAAGUCUAAAGUUGCAGGCACAGAAUGAUUAUUUAUUAAAAUAUUUAUAUAGUGCUGUAUCAGAAAAAUGUUUGCAACAAUAUAAAAACAUAAAACCAAACAAUAAAAUCAUAUCAAGCUAAUAACAAGUUAAAAGCAAAAAGAAAUGGUGCCAGUCCUCAUCCCAUUUUUUUCUUCAGCUUUACACUUCGUGUUUGAAGUCAGGUUUGUGUGCACAGUGAAGCAAUGCUAUGUGAAUUAAGGCGCGGCAGGGAUGGGGUGGGGCUAGGCUUGAUUGAAAGGGGAAAUAAUGCCUUGGGUGGCUUUAAACUUGCAAUCUCCUGUGCUCAGACUGAGGCAAUGUGCCUAAAGCUAAAGGGAUCUUUGCCUCCUUUCUUCUGAUAAGUGGGGACUUGCAGUAGUUUCCUGAACUUUGCCCUUGAUUGGAUCAACACUAUGAGUGCAGUGAAGGAUUUUGUGUGCUCUGCUAGUAGGCUAGUACAUUUCUAUUGAGUGCAAAUAAGAGCACACCCUCAAAACCCCACCUUUCCAACUCCCCUUGUUUUAAAGAGAAAUUUCUAGCCCCCACCAUUGUGAAAAUGUAUAGGCAGACAUGUUGAAUCGAAGAAGUUCGAGGGGUGGGACUGAGCAAGUUUUCCAAUUAGUGGGGUGAGGGUUUUGUUUUGUUUUGUUUUGCAAAAGCAGAAUAAGCAAUAUGAUCACUUGCUGGAUUUGCCUAAUUCACAUAGGUUGCAGAACCCAGAUUUCCAUGGAAUGCAACACAAAAUUCUGGGGCGGGAAUUUUAGUGCAGCAUAUAUGCAGCUCUGGCGCUAGAUAGUCUGUUCCUGUGAGUUGUGUUGACUUCACUUUUCCAGAGCACUGUAGAAAAGACUGAUUCGUUCUUCUUGAUGGAAAUGAAAAGAAUAUGCUAGCAGUUAAGUGGGAUGGUCUGUAUAGCUUGCUUAAUUUCCAGUAGUGCUUUCCUUGGGUUACUGAUUUAAAUGCAAGAACAGUCUCGUUGUUCAGUGGGAUGCUAUUCCUGGCCAGGGCCAGUGGAGACAGCAAUGAUUGUUCUAUGACUCACUGGCCAUCCAUCCUCCAUAAAUCAGCAUGCUUCAUAAACCUCCUGCUGUUCUCUGACUACAGCACUAAAAUUGAUGGGGGAGCCCUCUUUUAGCACCUCUUCACAAUCUUGCUUGCUUUACUAGCAGUGCUAUGCAACUCGUGGAAGAUGGGGAUGGGACUAACAAGAUCCCAUGUAGCUUUAAGAGCUUCGUGGAAGAACAUGUGAUAAUGCACAUUGGCCAAUAGACCAGUUCAAUGAGCAUUAAUCAGAACCCAGAAACUUCAAAUUCUGUUUAUUAUGUACACACAGAAGUCUAGUCAAGCUACCCACAUAUUUUAAGCAUGUUGGAUCAGAGUCAUGCAUAGCUAAAUGCUGUCCCUCACUGGGAGAGAAAAUAUGAGAACAUGGUUAAUGUGCAGUUGAGUGCAGCUUUAAAAUGGAAAUAUAAUACUUUGAAGCAGCUGGUAGGCAUUUACUUUUGGGUGUCUUGUUCCAUAGUUAACAUGAUGCUUCCAACUUCUUCCAGCUGUGACAUGUCCAUACAAGGGUUGAAAGAACUGAUUCAUGCACUAUGAUGGUACAUCUCAUCAUAGAUGUGGCCUCUGCUGCACUGAUCUGGAAUCAGCCCAGCAAACUGCAGUCCUUACCAGCAUUCUGCAGGGGAGAGGAGAGGUAGACUCUCGUUCAGAAAAAGGGCAACCAAAAUGAUCCAAGGAGAUGAAACAACUGCCCUGUGUGGAAAGGUUGCAGCGCUUGGAACUUUAUGCUUAAUAGAAAACUUCUGUCAGGGCUGAACUCGCAGCCAUUUCUCCUGCUAACCACAAGAAGAGCCACAGGCCUAUCUAGCCUAACGUUCUGUUUCUCAACAGUAGCCAACUAGAUGACAAUUGGAAGUGUAGAAACAGGACACUCACCACCAUAGCAGUCUCCCUCUUGUGUUCCCAGAAGCUGGUUUUCAGAGAUUUACUGCCUCUGGUACUGGAUGUAAUAUACAGGCAUCGCUACUUUCAGCCAUUGAUAGUCUUAUCCUCAGUGAAUUUAUCUAAUCCCCUUCGAAGGCCAUCAGUGUGUGUUGAUCUGUCCUAAAUCCAUCACCAUUCAGCUUCACUGAAUGACCCUGGGUUUCUAGCAUUAUGAGCGGAAAUUUAGCAUCCUUCUGGGACUGGGACGUGCAUUUAUCCAUACUGUAUGAAGGUAAUGGAAGUCAUCCUUGCACUGCGUAUGUACCUUCAGGGAGUAGGGGGCAAUUCAAUCAUAAUUGUAUCCAUGAAGAGCUGGGUUUGUGACAGGUUUGUAGACCGGAUGGCAACUUGCCUGCUGAGAUGAAGGUUAUAGGUGCCACCCAUAGUUUAGAUAGCCUGUUAGAUUGUGCAGAGGAGGAAGUCAGUGUUUGUGUGAGCAGGUAUGCACCAGUGAGAAGGAGAACUGUAGUUGUGCAGAACUGGAAGGUAACAUUGAAGACCACAACCUCUGAGGUGGUAGCUUUCUCUGAAAUGCCACCCUGUUCCAUGUGCAGGGUGAGUUGGUUAAGUGAAACUGAGCUGUCUCUAUGUGUAGAUGAGAUGGUUACACAGGGAGAAAGAUUAAGGUGUUUGGGGCAUUGGGGAAUGUUUUGGGAUAAGCUGGGCCUAUACCACUGAGAGGGGAUCCUCUGCUUGAACCAGAAUGGAACCAGAUGCCUGGUGCUUAACAUCAAAAAGGUUGCAGAGCAUGUCUUUAACAAACCCUUGGGGGGAAGCCCACAGAAAUGGGAAGGUGUCCAUUUCAGGAUGAAUCAUCCCUACAGAGUGAGGAUGAACAUGUUUCUGAUCAUCCAAACAGAGGUGCGGUAGAGCUGGACCAUGAGCAAGCAGCAGAACAUGAAAGCCAGUCAAAGUGCCAGACAGGGAAAACUGUAGUUUCUAGGAUCCUGUUUUUUUUUGGGGGGGGGGGGGGGCGGAUCAUGACAGCAAAGCCAGUUUAUUUUUGUAGCACGUAUGUCUGUUUCAAUUGUUGAUAUAAUCUGUUCUAUCUAUAGAUAAACAAAAGGAUUUUGUUUUUUGUCCUGGGGACAGUAAAUCUCUCAUCUUAUACAAGCAGUAUAUCCCGAGCCGGUGGGGGGGAGCAGUGGAUGAGAGUGGGAUCUUUGAGGACAAAUGGAUGCCUCUGAAGCUCCUUUUUAUGUUUUGGCAGAGCUGUGCGGUAAUUUCUCAUGAAGACUGGGCUGUCAGGAAGCCAAGGAAGGAGCCUUGUUGUUCUCUCCCUUUUACUAUCUUGGAUGUAUGCUGUCAUCUCUCAGCCUCUCCCCUUCGCUUGUGAACCCUGCUUGCUGCCAGCUAUGCUGUCACAUAACCUAAGAGAAAAAGAAUAAAACUUUCCUUGCAUAAUUGGGUAAAAGGGACAGACUGAGAUGGCUCAGACAUGGAAACAUUCCCAUUCUGGGAAUCUCCUUCUGCCCCCAGUGUCAUGUACAUAGCUGUCAACAGUCCCUUAUUUAGCGGGAAACUCCCUUAUCCCAGCACCAUGUCCCACUGCUGUCCCUUAUUGAUGAUGUCCCUUAAAUUUCCCAGGUUUUAUGCUCGCCCGGCUCGGGAGGGAAGCAGCGGCUCGGGGUCCUCCGCUGUGUGAGAGAGAGUGCGCGCUGGCGCCAUCGUCCUGGCACGAGGAGUUCCAUCGGCUCUUCCCUGCCCGAGGGGAGGGGGAGGGAGAGAGACUCUCGCCCACGCCGCCCGUGAGCCAGGAGGCGGCAGUGGUGGUGGCAGCUGAGGAGGCGGCCUGAGGGAGGAGGAAGAGGAGAGGAUGGGGAGGGACGCAGAAGGGCGGCGCUUCAGUGGCCGCUGCGGCGCCGCAAUCGCCUCAUGCUGGAUUGACAGCAUCUGUCAAUCCUACCAAUGUAUGUAACUCUUUACAACAGCAAAAUCCCUUAUUUUGGCUGCUGAUCCCUUAUUUUUGAGGCUGCUGGUCCCUUAUUUUCAAAUCUGUAAGUUGACAGCUAUGGUCACGUACCAGUUCCUGAGGAGGUGACAUAACUUCCGAAUCAUGUGAGGGAGGAAAAAGGGGAAAACUUCUUUGCACCAAACACUUAACUGCACAUGAAAUCCAGGAGUGGGCUGCUGUUUCUAGCUCUGCGUCAUUAGGGGAACCUGAGCAAGAUGAUUUCUCAUAUGCCUGUGCUCUGGGUUUUUGUUGUUUUCCAGCACAAUCCAAGGUGCUAGUGAAAGCUUAUAAUAGGGAUGGGGGGGGCUGUGGCUCUCUGGAUGUCUCUGGACUCCCAUCAGCCACGGCCAGCAUGGCCAGUUGUCAGGGUUGAGGGGAGUUGUAGUCCAACAACAUCAGGAAGACAAGAGGUUUCCCUAUUUUUGGCUUAUGAAAUUUUGGAUAGCCUGAACCCAGUCUACCUUGAAGAAGACUUUUGGCCAUAUGACCACACACCUGCUAGUAUCAGCAGGGGGCCAUAGAUUGGUGAAGAUGUGCCCUGGCACAUAGUGAUCUCAACACCAGCGGUAAUAGUAGGGAAAGGGCUGUAGCUGAGUGGUAAAGCAUCUGUUUUGCAUGCAAAAGGUUCCUCCAGGGUCAGUCCCUGGAGACUCACUUCUGGUCAGUGUAGACAACAGAUGGACCAGUGGUCUGACUGGGUACAAAGCAGCAUCCAUUGACCUGUCCUGGAACUGACAGGGUGGGCUUGCAGUGUUACCAGCCAUGUUUUUCCCCUUAUGUGUUUCUUAAGUUACAUCUUGGCAAUGCCUCUUAAGGGUGGUGGUUGAAUACAGAAGAAAGCCAGUUGACAGUUGCCCAUUGAGUGUCAAAGGGGGAAAGGGUUUUCUAACAGAAGUCUUCCCUUUUCUUGAAGCUUUUCCACAGCCCUGCUAAAUUGCGACAAUGCGUGACUACUCUGAAAACAAGGAAACAUGUGGGACCAUCUGUCUCAAAUAUCUCCUCUUCAUCUUCAACUUCUUUUUCUGGGUAAGGAGCCAGCUUUAGUAAUUUUGCUGAUUUGUGCUGUGAAUUUGGGAGUAUCCUGGAGCAAUGGGGCGAUUUGGAUAGACUUUUAUUGCUCUUCUGCAUGAUUUAAAGAGAACAGCCAGUCUGCUCCAAAAUUAGCAGAUAGUUGGAGCUUAGCUUCUAGCUUCUCCUUUAUUUCACAAAAAGCACAGCUACAUUGAUGUGAGUGCUAGGUUAGAACUUCUCCCUGAUAGCUUUCUGAAGAUGGGGUGUUGAUGGCAUAGCCAUAGGGGAGCAUUCCAUUGGGUUAUCCCCAGAUUCCCUUCUGAAGUGGUAAGUUCCAGGAGGGCUGGAGGCCCUCUACACAUAGAUAGGCCUUUCUUUAUUCUACUCUUCCCAUAGCUUCCAUCAAAAGUAACCAUUAGAAAUCUUCGAAGCAGUGUGAUAGGCAAGGAUAAGAGUGAAAAGGUGCUUCACUUGAACUUAGAUCCUCAUUGAGAUCAGCAGGAGACCCUCUGCCAAGGGACCCUGAAUCAGAUCUUGGUGAACCACCACUGAUGACUCAUUAUCUCCCUUUCUCUCUUAAGCUGGCAGGUGGAGCCGUGAUGGCAGUGGGCAUCUGGACCCUGGCUGAAAAGAGUGAUUACAUAAGCCUCCUGCAGUCCAAUACAUACAUGGCAACAGCCUACAUCCUGGUGGUGGCAGGCGUUGUGGUCAUGAUCACCGGCAUCUUGGGCUGCUGUGCUACAUUCAGGGAGCAGCGGAGCCUCCUGAGAGUGGUGAGUGUUCUUUGAGCAAGUGGAAAGAACUCAGUGUAGGCAGGGAUCAACACGGAGAGCCAUGGUAAAUUGUAGCAGGGAAAUAGGGGUUAAGACAGAAAGAGAGAAAUGUUUGGGUGGGGAGACCCACCACUAAUUCAGCCCUUGGGAAGCUACUGCCAAUCAGUGUCUGCAAUACUGAACUAGAUGGACCAGUGAACAUAACCCCUGUUGGAUCAGGCCAGUGGCCCAUCAAGCCGAGCAUCCCAGCAAGAUGCCUCUGGGAAGCCCACAAGCGGGACCUAAGCUCAAGAGCAUUCUGCCCACCUGCAGUUUCCAGCAACUAGUGUUCAGAGGCAUGGCUAGACUUGUGUAAGGCAUCUUCCUGUGUUCCUAUGAGAUCCUUCAUAUGCUCCUCUUUCUGACAUCAACAGAAAUACCUGUGUUGCAGAAAGUAUGUCAGAGUAUAAUGUGAAAAGUAGGCUUGCUCCAAGUAAAUGUAUUGGUGGGGCUGGGAAAUGGACGCGUUCUCUGCCAGUGCAGCCAUGAAAAAGGAAGGUGUGAGGCGGAGGCCUCUUUCGCAGGGACACCAUACAGUAAGGACAAAGAAAGCGCUAUGAUAUUUCUGAAGUGGUGUUUCUCAUGGCUUGUGAUGAUACUGGAGCUGACAUGGCCUGUAGACCAUACCAAUCCCUCUUGGCAGGCACACAAUGGCCCAGUGUGCGGAAGACUUCUCCCUUUUUGUUUCUGUCUUUCCAAGCCAGCAAUUACAGAUGAAAAAUUUGGUACAGUCCUUUUUUGUUGUUUUGCCACAGAAAACUAAUGAUUGUCUCUCGGGAACAAAAGAGCCUUUUGUUGCCAUUCUCCCCUCCCCUGAGUGGCUGGUUGUGACAGAUCUAUUGUCGCCUGUCUCUUGGCCUCCGGUUUAGUUAAGCAGCAUGCACAACAAACACUUUGUGGCCAGCCAGGCAGAGUUGGCUCAAAGGCUUCUGCCAAUCCUGAGCUUAAGCCCAUAUCCCAGCCUUCGUCAGCCUGGCGCCUUCCCUCCAGCUGCGUUGGACUACAACUCCCAUCAGCCCCAGCCACCACCAUGGGAGCUGUAGUCCAACGCAGCUGGAGGGAAGUCUAGAGGGCCACUUUGCACUAGGUAACCCCAGUUUCUUCCAGUGUCGUAAUCUUGAUGCUCAGUACAGAAUGUCAUAUGUAAGAAUAGUCUUCGUGGAUCAUCAUGAUGAAUGAAAGUUUGAGAAGUGAUGUGUCGGUUGUGUUAUUUUAUAGCCAUAAUGAUUGAAAGCUAGAAGAUAUUCCUUUAUAAUGAUGAUUGUAUGUAGAUGACCCACUGAAUUAGAAAGUGUGGGGUCUCUCUCUCUCUCUCUCUCUCUCUCUCUCCCUCCCUCCCUCCCUCCCCCUCUCCUCCCCCACCCACCCCUUCAACUCAGAUCAUAUGACUUCCAUAAAACUUUAUUUUGGAGGUACUCCAGUAGAUGAUUCACAUAGGAUAUUUAACUGAUCUUCCUCCCCAGUUGUGGAGUAUCAUCACCUCCCUGCCCCAAAGGCAGCUCUCUUUGACUAAUAGGAACUCUGAUGGAUUCUGUCCUCCUGCUCCAACCUCACCUCUUAAAGAAGAAAUGUGCUUCUAUAUAUAUUAGAUGUCUUACAGCUGUGCUGUUUUAAAUCUGGACUUUUCUAUCAGCCCUGAUCGUUCUGCCAUUGGAGAAAUAUACAUGUAGCUAUAUCUCCUCAGUGGUCUGGUUGUGGGAGGAGGAGUGUACUUUCAAAGGGGACAAUGUGAGAACACAAGCACUGGAAAUUACAACUUUCCAGCUCCUUAGUUGAUUGUUUCCUCUUUCCUUAAUGUACAAGCUGGACAAAGGGAUGAUGUCAGUAGCUCUGCCUAACUUGUCUCCUAAAAGAAAGAAAGAAAGCGGUCCCUUGGGUUAAGGUGUGUUUCUGUUCAAUUUCAGUCUCCCAUUUUGGUUAGCCAGAGCGCUGCUAGGUUACUCAUUCUCAUGGUAUGAAAGGGAUACCUUGUCCAAGCAUGCAGUUGGUCUGAGGCUUCAGCAACGCUUGGUGGGAUGAGUGAAUGGCUGAUGUGGUGUGCUCACAGACUGAAGACCGCCUGGCAGAGAAACCCUUCUAACUUUUACUGUUCAGUUAAAUAACAUUUUGCCAUGACCUUCACUAGUGUGUAUUUCCAGGGCAGCUGGCAAAGGAAGUAAAUAAGAAAAUUAAAUCCCUCAGAUGAAAGAUUGAAAGGCAGUUAUUAAGGAGCAUAAAAAACACACAUGCUGGUCUUUAAAAAAACUUUUCAAGAGCAGCAUAGAACUUCAUAGGUUUUCCAACGGUUGGAAACACUCUGUGAGAUAGGGCACCACAACUGAGAAGAUCCUUGCCUAGUCACUACCUGCCUUAACUCAAUGGCAGGGGAUUUGCAGGAUGGUCUUUGGGUGUCCUAAGUCAGGGUUUGCUUGCAUGGUGCUGCAGAAGUCUCCCCUGGGACUUGCAGGGAUCCUGCUGGCUGCUGACAUGGGCUUGUAAAAAGCAGUCUAUUAUAGCCAAUAGACUAGGUUGUGGUGUGUGUAGCACCCGUGUCACUGAAACUGCAAUACCAAAAAUCACAUUAUCAGUAAUUGUGUGUGGCUAAGUACCAUAAUGCCGGUGGCUGAUACUUGUAUACAAAGAGUUUCCAAGCAAAUACAUUUCAGAUUUCUCCCAUUAUAUUAAUUCUAAUUCUGUUGCUGAUGGUACAUGUACAGCUCAGACUGUCAUAAGCUUAGUGAUGUAACGUGUCAUGAGUUCUGAACGAUCCAAGCCUUGCUCAAGUUCUGGGCUGGUUGUUAGCAGAAUGGUCCGCUUUAGGGGGUCUCUGAGCAACUGGAGCAGGGAAAUUCUUCUGUGUUGCACCCUGUCCCUGGUUUUAUUCUUUGACGGUUCAGUCCAAAGUUCCGGAAGCUGCCCCUGUGCUGCUGCAGGCAUGUUGCUGACUCUUGCCCACUUGGGAGAGCCCUCCCUGCAAGAAGCCCAGCUAUUCUGAAACCCUCCCUGCCCUCACCAAGGAAGCAUUCCACUGCCCCCUAACAAGCUUGUGAUGAGCUCCUAAUGAUGUCGCUUUGGAGGGCUUGCAUUUCAAGACAAGUGGCGUUGGCAGGAGAGAAGUAGGAACCACAGCUGUGAAAACCGCCCAGGGAUGAACCGAGGAUCAGUCACUCGUGCUUUGCAUGCAGGAAUAUUUGAGUCUCAAUCCCUGGUAUUUCCAGUUAAAAGCGUUGCAGGUAGCAGGACUAUGAAAGACGGCUGUGGAGAUCCAUUGCAUAUCUGAGUAGACCAUGCUGGGCUGGGUGGACUUGAGUCAGCGUAAGGCAGCUUCAUAUGUUAACUACACUGGUUUUUGUUGCUGAAUCUACUGAACCCAACAUUUCAUCUCUAGCUGUGCCACUGGAUCCCAGCAAGUUACUUUCCCCAUUCCGUGCUGCCCAUUCUCUGGGCUUUCAAGUGUUGGCACCCACCUCUGCUUGUUUUGCCAGUCUAUGUUUCUUAGGGAGGAAGUGCAAUCGAUUUGUUAGCUUUGAGCAUUUCCUCAAAGAUUUGCAUAGGGCUGCCUUUCACCGGUGGUGACAUUAUGCUCUGGUCUAUUCUAACACAUGUCAUUUUGCUUUUUUUGCAGUAUUUUAUAUUGCUGCUGUGCAUCUUCCUGCUUGAGGUAAUUGCUGGAAUCCUGGCCUAUAUCUACUACCAGCAGGUAAGCAGCCACUAAUAACUAGCAAAGAGCCCCUCAGUUUGACAGACUGUAUUUUCCAGGGUUCUCACACCAUUGCCUUUCACUUCUCACAAGUGUCCUGGUGUUUGUCAUAAAAAAGCAUGCACAUGUUUGUUUGUUUGUUUGUUUGUUUGUUUGUUUGUUACACUUAUAUACCACCUUCUCCUUCAAGGGGGUGUACAAGGUUCUCCCCAUUUUAUCCUCACAACAACCCAGUGAGCUUCAUGGCUGUGCGGGGAUUUGAACUCUUCAUCACUAUGUCACACUGGUUCUCCUUUCGCUCUGCACAGCCCCACCCGUCAUUCUGCUGUGGUUUCCCUUCAUACUCCCAUGCCCAAUCCCAGCCAGCCCUAUAGUGACAGCAGUGGCAACAUCACAGGUGAAAGAAGCCUGCUGCGGGCAGAGGCACUUCGGUUCCCUAUGAACAUGUCUGUUGCAGAGAUGAGUGAUGCCCCAUACCAAGGCCACUAUGGCCAAUAAACCGAUACCCUGAACUGAUGGGGUGAGGGUGGGUGUACAAGAGAUAUUUAAGUGUCGUAGAAUAGCAGGCCCGCAUUGUGCGACUGCUGAGAGUUCAAUUUAAAGGUGUGUUAUGAGCCCAUCUCGUCCUACCUUUUUUCUUUCCUGGUACCUUCCUCUGGUGUAUAAAAAAAACUUACUUUCAUUUCAAAUCUGAUUUGCAUGCAUUCGUUUACAACGUUGGCCCAAGCAGAGCCAGUUUUGUGGUGCAGCAAUGUAUUUAUUUAUUUGAUUCCAUUUAUGAAUCACUUCCCAUAAAAUAUGUUGAAGCCAUUUCACAGUGAAAAACGUCGUCAACAAAAAUAAUUCUAUGUGUAAAAAAACCCCACACCAUUUCGUGGGUCUGCUCUGAGAAUGUCUCUGUACAAUAUGACCCAGUGAUUUAUAUCAAUUUGAUUUUUUUUAAAAUUUAAAAAAACUACCACUGCCACCCGAAAUGGUAUUUGCCUAUGAAUUGUGUAUGAGUUUGCCAAUUUAAUACUGCAUGAAAUAGAUCAGCAUUGAGCUGAUCUAGAAAAAGUGUCUUGAUGUGUGAAAAUACCCUCUAACAAAGCAUCUGGCUAGCUGCUGCACCUGUGCUUGGAAUACAAAUUUCCCUUUGCAUUGCCUCUUUCUCUCUUUUCCGUUGUCACAUUAGUAUGAAAUGGACUAACAGUCUGAUUGCUUGUGCUGAAGAUUCCCCCCAUACUAGCAAAAAGCUGUUGUUACUGUAGCACCUUCCUAUUGCAUAAAUAAGUGCGACUAAACUCAGAAAAGCUCAGUGGGGAAAAUAAGAGGUCUACAUGCACCAACUUCCUCAGGAUCAUCCAUAUUUUGUUUAAACAAUUCUGAUGUCAGUAUUCAGCUACAAGUAUACAGAUCUGGUGGCCUAAAGGCAAUGGGAAGAUAGAUAUGUGACAGAACACCGUAACUCGGGUCUUCACACAUAUCCUUUUAUAAAACUGAUGUGUGCAUUUCAACAAAGCUUGAUCUCCUGGGAUACACCACAUGCUUUCGUAAGCUGCCACCAGCUUUGCAUAGAUCAGCCGUUCCCAACCUGGUGCUCUCCAGAUCUUGCUGAACUACAGCCCCAGCCAGCGUGGUCAGAGGUUAUCAAGGAUGGAAGUUGUAGUCCAAAAUAUCUGGAGGGCACCAGGUGGGGUGGCUGUUCUAGAUGGGGUUUUUUAUAGUCUGUUCCCUCCACCCCAUAGCCUCUUGCAGGGAUUUUGUUGCAUCUUAUUUAUUUAAUGGGUAAGGUAAAAUGAAGCUAACUCCUAUAUCCAGGUUUGCAUGGAAAUUGUUUAAUAGACUGCCUUGAACAAUUCCUAAGCAAUCACACCUUCAUAUGGACAGAAAUCAUUCAGCAUAGAACAGGCCAAACAUUUUUUCAAAGAGAGGAAGCUUUCUUUUUCAAAAGCUGUCUGAGGAAUCAUUAGCUCUUAGGAUGGUUAUCCAAUCAGCUUCCCAGGAAGGAUGAGCUAAUUUAAAAUGCUGUUUCAGGAAUGCAUGGGAUUGGCUUUGAUAAUGCAAGCAAGUGAGCAUGGCAUGCUGGGAUUUGUAGUUUUGGAAGGGACACCAGUGUUUGUGUGGCUCCUACUUGUUUUGCAAGCCUCUGUUUCUUGUGUCUGCCACGCCUUCCUUGCAAGCCUCCUUUCCCCUUAUAUCUAGAGUUGAAUGCACUUUGUCUUUUGUGAUUCUUCCUCUUAUUUUCCCCUCCUUGCUUCCCUUUCCCCCAAUAUGCUUAUAAAACUCUGUGUAUUUGCUUUUGCUGCCUUUGUUCCACGCUGCAGUUCUUUCCUAUGAGCCCACAGGUAAUUUAUUUUGUUUUUCCUGGAAGGCAUCUGCUAAUUGAGUCUCUCUCUCUCUAAUUUUGCUUUUGGUGCCAGCAAACCUUUUCCCCUUGUAUUUGUGUGAAUUAUUCAUCUCUAAAGCCUCAUAUCAUUUGGGUUCAAAUCAAAGCACUAGUCUGGCAAACAAAUAAUGCUCUAGUCACUCCUUUGAUAUGUUUACCUUGUACAAGUGGAAUUUAAGGAUGUAUCACUGCUGUAUUUUGAUGCAAAAACCCUUGCUUUGUUUCCUGGGGCAUCUGCUCCCCUCCCCAAGUGCUUCAGUGGUAGAGCAUUUUCUUUAGAUGCUGAAAGGUCUCUGGGCUGAGUUCCUGACAUUUGCAGUUAAAAGAUCUCCAUGGGUUGGAUUGAGAGAGAUCUCUGCUCAAGAUCCUACAGAUAUGUAGCCAAUCAGGGUUGACAGGUAGUUAGCUAGACGAGUCCAUAGUAUAAGGCAGCUUUGUUGUUUCUGUGUACAUUGUAGUAAGAGUUUGAUGGAACUUUCCAUGUCAUUCACCAGCAGUGAAGUGCAUGGAUGAGAGAAAAUGUAGCUCAUGGUGACAACUGCAGAGUUCUACUUUCAAAAGUAUUGGGGUUGCUGAUAGCCUGUCCCAUUAAUCCAGUCAAGCCCAGGUGCUUAGGCCCAAGCCAGUGGAGCCCCAGGGCCAUAAAACAAGCUAGAAUUCAAGUGAAGUGGGAUGCCUGUUUAUUUUACAGAAAAUCUUAGAAAAUAAGCUUAGGCUAGAAGCGGCCAGACUUCAGGAUUGUGGGAUGUGUAUUUGGCUUUUUAGAAGACACCCAAGGUCCACCAACUGGAGCAAAAUAGUGGCAGUGUGAUUCUGGUAGAACGUUGUUGGAACACUUUCAACUCGGGAAUUGUUUUCAGUAGCAGAACUAAGCUCACAGUCCAGUUGGACACAAAUCAACUGCUGGUUCCCCUCCUGCAGCUUUCUUAAUCUCAGCAGCCUAAUUUAGAGGGGAGAAGGGGAGUGUGUCAUUCCUAUUGUUAAAGGAUUGGGAGUCAGAAUUCUUGCAGAUCACUCAGAUCUCACCAGCAGAUUGUGAUCUACCUAGGCAAAAGGGAAGAAAGGCUUGUUGCAUCUGCCUGUGUUUAUUUAGAGCUUGGGGAUUCUCUAGAGCAGGGAUGUGAUCUUCCAUUAGUCCUGGCCUACAUGGCCAGUGGCCAGGAAGUUGUGAGUUCUAGUCUUGCUACAUCUGGUGAGCCACAGGGUCCUAAUCCUGCUCUAGAGCAACCCACUUGCCUAACACUCUGCAACUCUCCAUCUCUACCUUUGUUUCCCAAAUUUAUUUAUCUUGUAAAAUUGGACCAGGGAUCUAUUGAGUCAUUCUGGGUGCAGUUUUGUGUUGGUUAUCAUACAGAGAGCUAUGUCAAAGAAGGAUGUUAUUCAUAUUUUCUUUCCAUCCCCACUACCUUUUCCCCACCCUAUGCAGCUGAAUACGGAGCUGAAGCAAAAUCUGAAGGAGACAAUGACCCAGAAGUACAUGAAGCCAGACGAAGUGUCUGUGACUAGUGCGGUGGACAAACUGCAGCAGGAGGUAGGCUUAGGAAAUGGAUUUAAAUAGGGUGAUAAGAUUCUACAUCUUUCGACUAUGGAAGGAAGUAUUCCACCAAAUAUGUGGAAUGGUUUCUCCACUUGCCUAAAAUGCACAACAGUUGAUACAAGAUAAUAAACACCAAGGCAUCUCUGUGUAACAAACAUCCAUAAAAAUGGCAAAAUUAGUUUCUUUCCCAAAUAGGUUUUAUCUUAAACAAUUGCAAACGGAGUAAAUAAAGAGUUCACUUGUAAUAUAUCAGAGGUUCAGUGCUCAUUUCUUCUCUUUCCAAAAUAGAGUUUAUCUUGAACAACUGCAAACUCAGUAAUAAAGAGUCCACUUGUGAUAUUCCAGUGGUUCAGUGCUUGGACAUCGUUCUGGUAAUCAGACGUUUCGUCACUAAACUGUAGGAGGUUUGACAAACUGAAGGACAUCGUUCUCUUACUAUGUUCCUCCCAAUGGAAACAUGCAGAUGGGGACAGAUAUACCCCUCCUUCAAGUCGUUUACAUACUGUCUUCCCUUGUAUAUUAUUUACUACAAAACUCGAUGACUAAGCUCUUUAGCGAUGAAACGUCUGAUUGAUAUCCAAGCCCUUGAUAUAUCACAAGUGAACUCUUUAUUUACUGCAUUUGCAGUUGUUUAAGAUAAAACCUAUUUGGGAAGGAAACUAUUUUUGCCAUUUUUAUGGACAUUUCUUGUUUGUUUACAUAUAGUUGCCUUGGUGAUAUUAUCUUGUGUCGAUUGCAGUAGUCUGUUCAUUGUUUUAUUGUUAAAAUGCACAAGGGCAUCUAUGACAUGUAUCUUCUGGCCUCAUCUCUGUGAACUAGCUGGUGCCAUCCAGAUACUGUAUUUUGGCCUGCAAUGCCCAUCAGCCUCAGCUUGCCCUGCUGGCUGAGGCUGAUGGGAGUUGUAGUCCAAAAUAUCUGGAGAGCAGCAGCUGGGCAGAAGCUGGUAUACACAGUUGCAAUUUGGACCUGCAUGCUGCUGUUGCAAGAAGAUCCUAUGUGCUGUGGAACGGGGGUUGCAAGCUCUGGCCUGUAGAUUCUGUAAACAUGGUGGGAAUGAGCUUCAUUCUCAUGUACCCCUCCUGUGCACAUGGACCAUUUUAUUAUGUGAAUUGAGGUCUUGCACACACAUUGAUGCACAACAGGCCUUCUUUCCACCUCCCUUUUUUGUGGCAAAUGCCAUCUGUGUUGCAAAAUGAGAGUCUAAUUGCCUAGAAAUAUAUACAUAUAGGCCUCUGCUCAUCUGGAUUAUUUGAUUCACAACUGGAGAGGGGGAGCUCCAGACUUCCAUUUUCUUGAGUAGCACAUGAAAUUAUCAAAUUACUGUUUUAUCGCUCGCUCUCUCUCUUUUUGUAAACGGCUCUGAGGUUUGUUUGCUUUUUACAGUCAAGCGGUAUAUAAAUUUUAUGACAUGAAUAAAUAACUAUGAACCAGCCUUAAGAGAUCUAGGGUUUGUGAGAUACAGCUUGUCAGAAUAUUUGCAGAAUACUUGACCACACAGAGCAGUCCCUUGGAUACCCUGACUGGGCUUUCCAAAUAUAGAUAAUUUCCCCCAUGCCUCCUACUUUGUACAGAUCACUUUCCCAUGCCUUCUACUUUGGUUAACCUCCUUGGUCAAGAGGUGCUGUACAGGGCACAUGUAUUAUUAGCACAUUGCUGCCUCUUGGCUUCAUUCCUGGCACAAGAAGUCCCAAAAGAGAAGCACAAGUGCAGCUGGUUAAAAUAAACAGGUGGCUGUAUUUAGUGGUUCCGUCUCCGAAGCACCAAUCCACUAUACCUUCACAUGUCAUUUGAAGAGAAAAGUGAGAGCGCAGACACAUCUUCAUUUGGAGCAAAUGUGGCAGCCUUUCCGAAUGUGGAAGGUGAUGAAGCCCCCGCUACUUCUUUGUCACAUCUUUUUCUCGGAGCCAGUAAUCUCUAGUGACAGAAGUGUAUGAUGGGAAAUCCAGUUUACAACAGAGCACAGAGAAAAGGCAGGGAUUUUAUCUUCCAUCAAGCAGAGAAGCCCUAUUUUAGGUCAUUCCAUCAGGGAGCACUUGUGUUGUCUGACACACCUAGUUUGGAAAACUUGGACAGGCAUCUCAUUGUUUUAGGCUGUAAUUCAUACAGGAGAGGAAGUGCACUCAGCUGCGUAGCUCCAAAGUUACAGAAAGUUAUUUGAGACUUGCCACAGUUCAGAAAGAAGGUGAAACCUUGGCUAGUGACAGGGGAAUGAUUGGUUCUUACUAUUCCUACUUUUUAGUUAGUAAAACCACUUUACCACAGCAAUAUUUUUAUACUUAUGCGGCUUUUUUAAAUGUUGAUAUUCUAGACAGUAGUCCAAGCGGGAGAUAACCAGAGCAUGCACCGCUCUGGUGAGACAGUCCACGGGCAGGUAGGGUCUCAGCCUGCAUACCAGAUGGAGCUGGUAAACAGCUACCUUGGACACAGAAUUGGCCUGCGCCUCCAUGGACAGCUGUGAGUCCAAAAUGACUCCCAGGCUUCGUACUUGGUCCUUCAGGGGCACAGUUACCCCAUUCAGAGCCAGGGAGUCCCCCACACCUGCCUUUCCCCUCAAGAACAGUACUUGUGUCUUAUCAGGAUUCAUCCUCAAUCUGUUAGCCAUAUUUCAAAAAGUAAAAACCAGGACACCACCAAAAGUGUUGGUUGUUGUUUUUUUUACUUGCCUAAGAUCCAGGACAAAGCGCCUUCUUUUGGAAAUUUCCUCCUUUGAUAUCCCAGUAAUGUCUAGGAAAAUCUGGGCGUAUGGCAGGCCUACACAUGCAGAGCUUCUGGCUGCAUGCCUAGGGUGUUUCUCUGCAGACAUGACAUAAGACGGGAAAAUGCAAGGAAGGGAGGAGACUCGCUUGGACUGUAAUGGAUAGGAAGCAUGUGAGCGUACAGCAUGCCUGCCAGGAAUGAGUUCACUCUAGCUAUGACUCUUCUACACCAUGCCGAAUAUUUGAUCUGCUUACAGAGAAUGUAGCUUGAUACAGCGAGAACAACCAGAGUAGCCUCUCCAUUGACUGUCAAAGGAGCAGCAGGAUGUUUAUAGGCCAGCUUACACACAUCCCAUAUAUGUAUAGUUAGUAGCAGUGACAUCACCAUGUAUAUCUUUGUUCAAGGGUGGCUUUAUAUUUAAGGAACACUUUCUUUAAAAGAAACCAGUCAGCAGUCAUGGUUAUACUCCCUUACAGAAAUGCCAGCUGAACCCAGCUUAGUGUUGCUCUUGGGAAGAAACAUGCACAGCCCUCUAGCUCAGCAAAAGCUCAAUAGCUCUUCUGUUGUAUGACUGGUGGGCUGUAUGCUCCUGCAGUUGUGCAGGCCAGAGGUACAGGCAUUCACAGACAUGAUACCAUAGACAUCUUGAGUGUUGCAACAUCUUUUGGCAAUACGCCCUGCAAACUUUGCCUUUAUGUUUGUGUGUGUUCAGUUUAAGUGCUGUGGCAGCCAUAAUGCUUCAGACUGGAGUGACAGCGAAUGGAUCAGAUCUCCUGAUGCUUUAAACCGGAAGUUCCCAGACAGUUGCUGCAAGACAGUGACAGAUAAAUGUGGCCAAAGAGACCAUCCUUCGAAUAUCUACAAAGAGGUAAGAAAUCAGACCUGAGCCGCCUCCCUCUUAUCUGAAAGUUAAGUGGAUGCCAGAUGGCUCUGAGACUACUUUUAUCAACAAGUUGCAUGCAAGGCACCACAGCAGAUUCAGCCUCUCAGUAUGUUCUGCUACAUUGCCUGAAGAUUUUCUUCUAGAGUAGUCACAAAACUAGUCGCAAAUAGAUAUUUACUUUCCUCAGCAGUGCUGUUCCAACACAUGGGCAGGUGAGGCAGAGACACUUUACCACCAUCUUGUGGCGUUCUUGGGUUGUUGUUUUUACCAUUUUCAGUGAAAAGGGACAAAGAUUCAGACUUGGCAACCUUAACUGUAUUUUUUUAAAAAAAAGUUUGUCCCCUUAAACUCAAAAAUACUUGGGAAGUUUUUUUUUAACCACGGAAUUCCAAUUUCCCAACUGUCAGUUGAUGUUUCAGUCUACAGAGUGUUCUGCCAAAGAGUGAUGGCAAUGAAGCAAUCAUUUUUCAACAGGAUUCAAAGGGGGAUUAAAUGAUAUGAGGAGCAUGAAUAACUUCUGCAACUAAGCUUGUUUUAGUCAGGCAGAGACAGACUAGGCCUGUGCCUCAGGGCAUGAUUGCUGACUGCUGGGCCCAGGUGAUUCCUGCUGCCCACCCCCUAGCUUCUUUUCCAAAGUGCAAUAGGGCAUACUUUUGGUGAGAAAAGACACUCGUUUGAAAGGAGAUUCCACCAUUUUGUAUUUCCUUCCCUAGCUUGCCCUGGCCUCCAUUUCCUCCUCAUUCAUCUCUUGUCUCACAUUGUCUUGUUUCUACAUUGUAGGCCUGUUGGGGCAGGGAACUGUCCUCUCAUGUAAAUCACACAGAAGUGCCAUUUACGUGGCUAUAAAGAAAUGUAUUAAAUAAUAUUUCCAAAGAGUUGGAAAGAAUAGUGAAGUAUUUACAUUCUGCAACAUUUGCCUCCAGUCUGCCUUUUGAGAUUGACCUGCCUGUGACAGGCUGCCGAAAGGAAAUGUGGAAAGAAUGACUUGGGGAGCAUCUGCAUAACCAGUUUAAACACAUUUCAAAACAGUCGUCCCCUCUCCUUAGGGAAUCCUGAGAAAUAUAUUUGUAUGGGAAGGGACAGGAGAUCCUUUAACAAAGGAUUUUAAGCAUCUUCCCCAAACUAGACCUCUUUGGGGGAAGACAUAGAAGUUAAAUUGGUACAAAGUAGUUAUAAGUGUGUUCUGUAGAUAUUCCUUUCCAUUUUUAUCCUCGCCAGAGCUAUCCCAUGAGGUAGGCAAGGCUGCGGGAUGGUGACUGACUGAAAGCCAUCCCAUGAGCUUCAUAGCUCAUGGGGGAUUUAAAUUUGAGUCUCCUCAGCUUUGCCUUUACUGGCUUGAGCUUUGAAACCAUGAGCCAUGUACUCAUGUGCUUUCUUCCUUAGGCCACUACCCAGUGGGAAUACAUUUGUGGAAUGAUCAAACAACUUAAAAAAUAAAGCUUGCCUCACACUUCAGCUAAUCCUGUUAUUUCUCUUGUCUGCAAUGACUUGGCAAGGCAGAUAAACAGGCCACCAGGAGGCCAAAGGCAAUCUUUUAAAGAUGGAGGCAGGCAGCGAUUGAGCUUCCCUAACGCUGUGUUCUACUUCAUCUUUUUUUUUUUAGUGCCUGUUUAUGUUAGAGGUUUACAGUUGGCUACUGGUGCUCCACUGAUUCAAGCUACUACUACUGAUUCGACUUUAUAGGAGCCCUCUAUUCAGGCCACAUGUGUAACAUGGUUAAAGUGAAGCAUUAGGCCAAGAAAUCCUUGCAAGGAUGAGCAUUUGUUCAUAUGCCCCAGCCCAUUUUUUAAAUUUUCUUGCAUUUAUUUGCUGUGUGAAAACUUUUGUUCCCAGGCGAAUCUUGAAACAGCACAAGAAGACACAAAUAACUUGAAAUUAUGGCAACAAUUUUCUCUCUCUCUCUAGGGUGGCUGCAUCACUAAACUGGAAAACUUCAUCCAGGAACACCUGAAAAUCAUUGGAGCAGUGGGGAUUGGCAUUGCUUUUGUACAGGUAUGGGCUAGUAAUAUGCAAGAUUGGAGUGUCCAAGGUUAGAGCUUGGGAGACCACCGUGCUACAGUUCCUGUCUCAGGUUUACUGUUAUGAGAGUAAUUGGCGACUGGGGACCUGUAAGCAAAGUCUGACCCAUGGAUACCUGUCAUCCAGCUCACCACUGAUCCGAAAGCUGCUAUAGGACAGACAGACAAACAAACAAACAAACAGCACUGCAGAAAACAUAUGGGUAAUCAACCACAGAAGAGAAAGAGAAAGGUUUCAGGAAUAUCAUGAAAGGUGCAUACUUCCCCAGCAGGGGCUAGGCAGGAGUGUGGCAUAGCACUUGGCCAAUUGCUCCGGUGGUUAGCUUUAGAUUGGCCUGUUGCCCACUCUGGUUGCCAACAACACUGCAUUAGGGCAAAAAGGACGUCAAUUUCUCUUUGCUAUUGUCUGUAAAUUAGAGAUAAUAGCUUUGCAGGAUUCAGAGGAUCCUGUGUGCAAAUUGUAACCAUGUAAAAGCAGCUGGAAUUAAGCAGCAGUCAAGCACCACUGGAUUCUGGAGGCUUCGUUGGGUUUGCUCUGAAUUCAGGAAGUGAUUCUAUAUUCCAUCUCUGUGCCUUGAGCAAUCUUCUGGUCAUAGAAGUAGCUGUCAUCUCUGAUCUUAUUUUUCACACACACACACACACACACACACACACACACACUUUAAGCUCAAGUAUCAUCUCACAUUGCACUGUGUGUGUGUGUGUGUGUGUGUGUGUGUGAAUAUUCUCACCCAUGCCUAUUUCUUUUGCAAUUUUCUAUAUCUCCAUGAUUUGUGGCAAUCAUGAAUUUCUGAAGCCAGUGUGUCGGCUUAGCACAGUAUAUUAACUAGCAUUGCUAAUGAGUUCUCAAAAGUUACUAGCCCACACCCACAAAAAGUUGCCUGCCAGCCUGCAUACCUGCACUUACCUGUCUUGCCAUUUGUGGUUCAUUCAUGGCCUCAAAAGUUGGCUUGCUUUCAGCGUUCAAAUUGCUUCCCUAACUGGAGACAAUUCCCACUCAAUACAAGCAACCACACAAAGGACUGUUUACAUGCCAGACAUUAACCUUUGACCCUGACAAGUGGCCCUCAGAAAGUUGCCCUGAAUGGAAUGUGGCCCUCCCCACCCCCUGGGUUCCCUGCUAAGAAGCUACAGUAGAAGCCAGCUUUGGUGGUGUUUUCUCAGAUGUGAGUUAUCUGAUUUCACUGUGAAAUUGAGAGAAUGUCUCCCCCACAAUCAUUUUAAAGUGGCAAUUUUCAAAAACCUUUACAUGUAACUCCCUAAUAACCUGUGUGCUUAAAAAAAAUCCUACAGUUUAUGGAGUAAGGGAUGGAGGCGCUUCUAAAGGUUUGAGGUUGCCAACUCUGGAUACAAAUGACUCAGUAAAAAAAAACACCAACAUACUAUUUACUGAAGGGAAGGUUGUGAAAAACAGAAUCUUUCUGUAAAGCAGUGAGAAGGCAGCCUCUAGUGGUGAUUUGUCCCAACAGCUGCUCAGACUGAACAGUGUAAUUAGAAGGGGAUGCUUUUAAAACAGGGGUCCCCAAACUAAGGUCCGCGGGUCAGAUAAGGCCCGAGGGACUCGUUUAUCUGGCCCGUGGCGACCCACGCUGCCACCGCCUGCUCUUACCAGCACUGUGCUGCACAGCUGCCCACUUCCAGGUCAGAGGAGCACCGGAAAUAGCUUGUGUGCAUGCGCAAGUGUUAUUUCCAGUGCACAUCUGGGUCAGAGGAGGCCUGUGCACAUGCGCACAAGUUAAUUCUGGUGCUUCUCCGACCCAGAAGUGCACCGGAAAUAGUGUGUGCGCACGCGUAUGGGCACGCGCUCUCCCGGCCUCUGGCCCGCUGAACAAUCAGCACUGGAGACACCGGCCCGAGGCGCGGUAGGUUUGCUGACCCCUGUUUUAAAAUAACUUCUUUUUCUUAAAAUUCAGAACACUACCAGAAUAACCCACAGUGACUCUGAUAUCUUGGGAGUUUUGACAACCACAUAGUAACUAUCCAUUGCUCGAUUUCUCUCUUCGCUUCCCAUUUCAAAUAAUUAUGAGAAUGUUUCCUUUUCCCUUUUUUUUUUUAAUGGCCAAAGGUGAAAUGUGCAGUGAUCUUAAUGUAAUCUUAAUGCUGAACCAGUGCAUUUCCCCCUCUCAUGCCUUUGCAGCUGUCAUUGUAAAGUGCAGUUCACUCAGGACUGGCUCUUUCUCACUUGGGCGAGAUUUUCCUUUUACUUCUUACAGAAAACAGCUAUUACCAGCUGUCCAAAGGAAUGCCCUUGCUUGCAGCAUCACAUCUCUAUUACAGCUGAGCUGCCCUGCUGGAGCAUAGGAAAUUACCUUGUACGAAGUCAUACUUUUGGUUCAUUGAGCGGUAACUGAGAGGCAGUGGCUUUCCAGGGUUUUUGACAGGGGUCAGCCAUACCUGGAAAUGUUGGAGGCUGAGCCUGGGACCUUCUGUGUGAAAGCGAGAUGCUGUCCCCGAGCUACAGACCACUGAGCUUGCCCAGGCUUCAGGGUUCACCUGCUGAGGUUUCAGGUCAUAUUUUCUCUGUACCCAUAUUGGAAGAUCGGUCCCUUCUGACUGCAAAACUCUGUAUGAUUGCAAGGGACCAACAUUCUCUUCCAUGUGAGAAGAAUGAAGAGGUGCUGAGAUACAUGGCUUGAUGCAUUGCUUCUCCUGUUGCUUACCCAUGUUUUGUAUUGUUGUUUUUUUGCCUUCUAGAUAUUUGGGAUGCUCUUCACUUGCUGUUUGUACAGGAAUUUGAAAUCUGAGCCUUACUAGGGAAGCUUGGAAGACCACCCCACCUGCUUGACUACACCACGUUCCAUCCCAUCACCCUGUCCUUUUAGGCGGCAGCACAGAAAAAAUCAACCUCGCAAGGACUUCUGCUGCUUAAGGAAACUUAUUCUUGGAUCACCCAGUGCCUCUGCCAGAGAGAGAGAGAUCAGUUGUCCUCCUUAUGGCAGUCGUGGAGGCCCAGGGCUCACCCAGUCUUUUCUUUGUGGUCCAGAGUCAUGGAGUUGUAGAAUUCUUAUCUGCCAGAAAUGUUUCCAAGCCCAGGCCCAAGCAUUCAAUCUGAAAGAGAGAUCAUCAACGCUGCAGGAGCCCUGGCACCUUUCCUGUUUCCAUUUUAGCUCUCUUUUAACCAAGACAUUGACUCUCCGAUCAGCUGACAACUAGCCCACAAGGAUGCAUAAGGCAUUCACAGGUUGGGAGUUUUAAAUCCUCUCUUCCUGCACCCAGAAGAAGUGCCUUUCUGGACCAGUGGAAGUUCUGAUGUGACGGCUCUUUCCCAUCCAAGGCAGUGCCUCCUUCUGCUGGGUAAUCUCUUCUCCCGAUCUCCUUGAGGUUGUGCCUGAGAGAUGGAUGGACUAGGUUACCCACAAAGCCGGCUGCUUCAUCCUCAGGGCCUUCCCUCUGCCCCAACAGGAGGCCCCCCCUGGAGACGAGUCUUGUGCCUUUCAGGCCAGGUGUUGGAGGACGUUCUUUUGUUCUCUUAAUUAGAAGCCUUGGCCUACUUUUUCCAACAGACACACAAACAAUAAGCUUUCUGUUGAAAUGGCUUCCUGCCUCAACUGUGCUGUCAAGAUAACCCGACUCUGUGGAAUCGUGCAGCUCCCCUUUUCAUAGGAAUGAGCAUCCUCUCCUAGAAUGACACAUCAUUUAACUGCGGAGAACAUACUUCUACUUGCUUUUGUGUUGAUCUUCAAAGUCUGAUUAGCCAGCCAGGUACUCUCUGGCUGGCAUGAAAACCCAGUAUUCAGCUCUCCUAUUCCCCUCUCUCAUUAAUUUACUGAGUAUGCUUCAUACCAAAUGAUUUCAAUUGGCAGUAAGGCAUAAAAUUGCAAAUUGAACUAUUGGGUGCAAGGAGAGAAAGUGGCCGGUAUCUUUUGUAUCCACAGCAGUUGCCUCUUUUGCUGUACAGGAGGCUAUUCUAGGAAUGGCUUCCAACAGCGGGUUUGCUAGUUUUCCCAAGAAUUCACCCCUCUAAAGGUUUUCACAGAAUAUGUUUUAGAAACAGAAAAAGCAUCCUUGAUAGAGUAGGUGUCCAUAUCCUGUUUGUAUAGCCCGUGCCCAAGUAUUCCUUCCCCAUUCUUACAUUGACCUGUUUCAUGACUGCCUCACAUUUUGAUUUCAGUAAGGUAGCUCAUCCAUUUAACAGCUCUUCCCACACCUUUGUAGGUCCAUUGUAGCAACAGCAGCAUGCUGAAGAAUAUACUUCCUGUAACUGAUGGGGAACCAGGUGGGCCCUCCAGAUGUUGGACUACAGCUCCCAUCAUUCCUGGCCAUUGGUAAUAGUAGCUGGUGGCUGAUGGUCGUUGAAGUCCAAUAUAUGGAUCCCCAUCCCUCUCCUAUCCCACUGAAAGUCUCCCGAGUAAACAGUGUGGCCGCUUGUGUAUUGGCAUUCUGUAGGUUCCGUUGAAGCUCUUGCAUUGCCCCUCCAUAGCCCAUUCUUCCCUGUCCCCUUUCACACACCUGGUUGGGGGCAAGAGCAAUCACAUGGCCUAAGGAAGCUUUUCCCCAGUCUCUGGUGCCUUCCUGACAUUGCCAGACUCCCAGCUUCCAUCAUACCUUACUGUGGUCGAUAGCAGUUGGGAGUCCUAACAACAUUGGAGGGCACCAGGCUGUGGAAAGUUGAUCUAAGCCCCCACCAUCACCACCAAAGGCCAGCGUAUACAGGUUUUGCCCAAACUGGGAACCUAGUCUUACACUCCAGGAUUUUCCUUAGCUGGCUAGAUGUGACUUUCUCCAACUAAAGUAGAGGCUAAAGGUAAUUCCAUCUCCAGCCCUUUGUGGGCUUUGAUAGGCAAGCACUUAAUAUAAACACACCACCCAAGAAAGUCCAUGUCACAUAAUUGCCUCUCAUGGGUGCAGUGAAAAAUGGAGUGUCCUCUUGGCUGCUUUGCUCAGGAGGUUCAGGAACAGUUCAGGAGGCAGCUGGGGAGAUGUAAAGCAUGAUCACACAUGGUAAACGUCCUUGCAGGAGAAAGGUUUUGCGCCAUUCUCACUGUAAAGGUGGGUGAGUAUCUAAAUUAUUACAAAUUAAAUUGCUAAAUUAUUUCUUUAUACCUACCUGAUGUUUCUCUCCCCACUCCCCAACCUGCAAGAAAACAGAAGGUCCUGAUUGCAGUUGCUUGAAACAGUAUUUGACUACUGAAGUGCAUUUGCGUGGAUGGCUAGCUUUCUCUCCACCUCCCUCCACUGGGAAACUAUAUUGUGCCAUGGUAAGAGAGGGCCAGGGGUUGCCAGUCAGCAAUCUGUGCUUGCUCUUUGGUUUUUCCUCAUAUAAUAACCAUGCUUUAAAUACAGUUUAUGUUGCUGGCCAAUAAAGCUAAUAUUGUCUGUAUUUUGUCCUGUGUGAGGCCGAAGUGAUAAUGUGGGUUUGCGAAGUAGCCAAACACCUCAUCGGUAACAGGGACGGGGGUCUGGGAGAUUGUCAACUACUAUAUUUCAAAUAUUUGUGCAUCACAUGAUGCGCCUGACAGUACCUCCUACGAUGUCUCAGUCAAUAUCGCCUGAAAAAUCCACAAAGUGCUGGAGGCAGUUUGGUCUUCCUGCUCAGUUCCUAUUUCCAACUUGGCGUCUCCUGCAUUGAACAUGCUGCCACUUGAAAGAUGAGCAUGUUUGUUGGAUGCCAGGAUUAGACACCCACCCUUCCCAUCGGUUCUGAAGAAAGAGCAGCGGUGACUGAUGCAGAUUGUUGGGGACACACACCUACUCCACACUUUUGUAGUCCUGUCUCUCUGUUGUUUUAAAUGUGGCACUCAUUUUGUGUUCUUCUGGGCCCCUUGGCAGCCAUUUUGUGACUCACAAAAUUCCAAAUGUGCCCAAUGGCCCCCUAAGGUUGAUGAUCUCUCCCUGCAAACCUCACCCUUGAUGUAUUAGAAGCAGGCUCUUGUGCAACCCAGACUAUUGUGCAUCUGAAGCACACCAGAAACUCAACCUAAUGAGUGAGUCCCAUGUCUAUCUCUGGGUUGGUUCACUAUUUUUGAAACUGGAAUUACAGUCAUUCAUACAUCUAUAGUUUCUGCACUGUAGCAUACCAUUCAAUGCAUGUGUAAAGCAUAUGACUACCCCCGACCCCCGAUCCUGGGCACUGUAUGUUUUUUUGAAGAGUACUGGGAAUUGUAGCCCUGUGAGAGGGCAACUACAAUUCCCAGUAUUCACUGGGGAAACCAUGUGCUUCAAAUGUGUGGUGUGCAUGCAGCCUGGAAGGAAGCAAACCUGCAUGUUAAUUCUCUAAAAAGCACCUGGAAGGAGGCACCAACUAGUUCUAUUUGCCACUAAUACGGUUCAGCUGCAGUGAAUGCUCUGCCCCAACAAGCUGGGAGAAAGAAGUUAACAGUGCCAGCCAAGCAGUGUGAAGAGUUAUCUCAUCCAGGUACUAAAUCAUUUUCCUUUUUAAGCAGAAAAAGGUUAGACUUGGUCAUGCAUGUUACUUUCUUUGUUCCUGUACAGACUUCUGGUGUCCGUGUGGCCAAUGAGCUGGCUGGGUUUGGUUUGUCAAUAGUGUGAUACUUCAAGAGAGAAAGCUUUACUACAGAUCUGGGAGAGAACUCUUGCUUUCAUGUGCUUGGCGGAUAGAGUCCUAACUCCACCCCAGGAUGUGAUGUGAUGUUUCUGCAGAGUAUUAAUGAAACUAAAAUAUCCAGCCUUUGGUUGAACUGUCUCUGCUUUAAGUUCAGAUGGGUUCAGAUUGGUCUGCUGAGCCCACAGCUGCUUCUGAUGUCUUUUCUGAUAAGAGAGACUGUUUUAGCAGCCACUGGUAGCAAGGAGCAGCAUAAUUUAACUGCAGGAACGGCUUAAUCAAUUAGACCUUUUGAAAAAUACGGCUAGGUGAGCUGGCUUUGUUUUCUAGGCGAAUAAACCACUCUCUCUGCCAUAUAGGAGAGGAAAUGUGCUUGUGAUAAAAGCAUUCCUUCCAACAUUCAUUGGAUGAAAAUGCCCCUAUGCCAUGGUAGCUUGAUGUGCAAAAAAGGAGAGGGAUCUCCUGCCCCUUUCACUGUUGGGAUAGAAGAGGGGAUUUCAGCAAGUGUAGCUUGUCAUGCAAGCAACUCCUGCUGAAAUUCUAGCCAGUUCCAUUCCUGGGAACCUCAAGUCCCACAUCUACAUGGUAUUUCCUCUCCCCUCCCCAACCUUUUAGCUCCCCAAGUCUAGCAUCUGUUUUACCCGAUUCUUAGGGGCAGUUUGAGAUUUCCAGGAUUGCAAUACUAUUCACGUGGCAAUUAUGCAUGCUUUAUGUUGCAAUUUGAUUCACACUUCCUGGGGUGUCCCUCCAAUUGAGCUUAGAGGGGCUUGAUUCUGAUUAAACACAGGAUUGCACUGCUAGUAUGUUGCUUGUUUUUGAUGGACCUUCAUUCAAGACAGUUUUUCCUUCAACUAGUAAAAGUGAAGCAUUUCAAUUUCAUGUCAAAAUGUUUAGACGGGAGCACUGUAUAAUAUUUUUCUAACUUUAAAUUUAUAGCUUUAAAUUGUUUAUAGAAUUAUAGCUUUAAUAGAGUUUUAAAAAACAAAACACCACCCGCAAACUAAUGUGUGGUUUUCUCCAAGCCCACAAAUACGUGGGCAUGAGAAGAGACUAGUUGUAAACCUAUGUGCACAUGUGUGCAUCUCUAGAAAUGGGGAAAACCUCUUAUUUUGCCAUUAAUUCCUUUCCAGCAUCUGACCACUAGGUGGUGCUUGACAUUACACAAGUAUGUAUAUUUAAAUGCCAAACAUAGCAUGCUGCAGGCUAAGAGCAAGGAGUGCUGCUUUUGUUUGUCCUUACAGUGAACUCUGCAUCUGCAUGUGUCCUGCAGCUGUGGUUACUGAAUCAUCCACUGCCACCACAGCACAAGUUGAGCCUCCCUCUCUCCUGCAGUGGAAAGCAAACCAGGCUGGUGUUCUUAUCAGCCAAGAUGUCUCUGUGUCUCUGUGUGAUUCAUUGCUAAUCCUGAAUCAAAAAGUAUGUUUUCUUAAGGACCCC